GAAGAAUAAAGAUUUAAAUUCAGAAACUUCUAUUUUUGAAUUGAAUAAUAUAAAUAAAAAUGUAUUAGAGAUUAUAAUUAAUGAAAUCACAAGUAAAAUUUCAAAAUUGGUCAUUCAUGAAGAUGUACUUAAUUUUGAAUAUGUAUUUCUUGCAUUCAAUUAUGAAUUUAAAGAUGAUUCAAAUUAUGUUUGA